UGGGCGGAGUCAGAGCGGCCUGAUAGCGGCCCGAGCGCCUCGCACACAAUCACAGACACACGACGCACCGCUGCAGGAUGGAUCGAGGAUAUUCUUCAGGGUUCUCUGGCUGGGGAGGAUCGGGUGGAGGAGGAUCGUCCAGAGGCUCGGGCGGUUACGACCUGUACGGAUAUAAGGACUCCAUGUCCAGCAGCGGCGGGUUCGGAGGCGGCGGGUACGGAUCCAGCGAUCGGAUGAAGAGAGGACUCUCUGGGGGAUCUCUGCUGUCCUCCAGCGGCUCCAACGCAGACGAUGUCAUCGCCAAGAUCAACCAGCGGCUGGACAUGCUGACGCAGCUGGAGGGAGGCAUGAAGAGCGGCGCUCGCGGAGACAGGCAAGUGAAAGCUCAGCGCGACGGGCAGAAGAAGAGGAAACAGACUCUGAGCGCUGCCGACGAGCCAGAGUCCAAGAUGGGCAAAACCGACACCGCGGGAGACACGACGGCCACCGACGCUGCGGCGGGAGAGCAGACGCAGGAGUCCGAGGAAGCGGCAGCCACCGCCGGUGAGUCCAAAACAGAAGAUGGAGGAGAAAGUGCUGCGCCAUCCAAUCAGGACGAGAGUGCCCAGGCCAAGGGGAAGAAGACUCCGCCCGCUGCGGCCAAAGUCAGGAAGAGGAGGGGCUUCUUUGAAAGGUCAGGGGUCAAAGUGUCUGCACACAGGAUGACGUUCGCCUGCUCCGUCUGCAAGUUCCGCUCGUUCUACAGCGAGGACAUGGCCGUCCAUCUGGAGAGCAAGUUCCACAAGGACCACUUCAAGUUCCUGUCCAAUCAGCUGUCCAAGCCCACCACCGACUUCCUGCAGGAAUAUCUGAAUAAUAAGUACAAGAAGACGGAGCAGCGAGUGAGUCAGAUGGACAACCACAGCACCGUCAUCUGCCAGGUGUUCAAAGAGCAGGAUCUGACGCGAGAUCUCGGCAUGGAGCACUUCAUGAAGAAGGUGGAGGCGGCUCACUGCUCGGCGUGCGACGUCUUCAUUCCCAUGCAGCACACGCUGAUCCAGAAGCACCUCAAGUCCCCUGACCACAACUACAAUCGCAAGGGCAUGAUGGAGCAGUCCAAGAGGUCGAGUCUGUCCGUGGCGCGCAGCAUCCUCAACCACAAGGUCAUCGGCAAGAAGCUGGAGAGCUACCUGAAGGGUGAAAAUCCGUUCAACGGUAACCAGGAUGACCAGGAUCCCGAGGACUCCAUGGGGAUGGAGGUUUCUGAGGCUGAUCUCACCAAUGAAAGCCUGAAUGAGAUCAAACAGGAAGAGGAGGGGCCUCUGGCAGAGGGGGCGGAGCCUGUCGCAGAAGCUGUUGGAAAUGGGGAGGGGCAUGAAGAGGAUGCGAAGAUGGAGGCAGAGGAGGGCGUGGAGGAGGGUGUGGAGGUGGGCGAGGAGGAGGCGGCUGAGCACGGCGUUGAUGCAGGAGACGCUGAUGCCGUACUGGCCGAAUAAUCGUUAAAGAAACCGCUGAUUAGUGUCCAUUUGAAGAAUCACUUCUACAUCCUAAACCUUUGAACUUUAUAUGAAAGCUGACCCUGGAUCAGGGCAGAAAUGCAGCCUGAGGACCAAUCAGAAUAAAGCCUGCCUUGUGUUCGUCCAAUCACAGGAUUGCUCCGCCCCUCUACGCAUGUGCGUUUGGUCUGAUUAGAUGCACGCGUGUGUCAUGUGACUGUUGAUGUGCCUCUUGAGAUGAUUUCAGUUUGUCACGUCUUUACACGCUGAAGCAAAACGUUUAAUUUCCUUCUGAUUUUUCGUUUCGUUUGGUUUCAUGGAUGUUGCCCUGUAGAGCAGAAGUGAAAUGCUUUAAUUUUGCAGUUUCCACUCAUUGUUUUUCUCUUGUUGAGGAAAUAAAUG